UAAAGAAAAUCUGCUAUUUCUGUCCUUUGAUUUGAUCCUGUAGAAGUUAAGACAAGAUGCAGGGGAGCAGGCUUGACCAACCAUAUCUGAGUGUUGUUCUGCUGGGUAAAACCGGAUCAGGAAAAAGUUCAGCCGGAAACACCAUCCUGGGCCAGAAGAAGUUUACAAAUAAGGCUUCAGUGGUGUCAGUCACUAAAACCUGUGAGAAAGGAGAAGCAGAGAUUAAUGGAAAGAAGAUCUCCGUCAUCGACACGCCAGGACUCUUAGACUCAACACUAACAGAAGAAGAAAUGAAGAAGGAAAUAAUGACGUGUGUAGAGAUGUCUGCUCCUGGUCCUCAUGUGUUUCUGCUGGUCAUCAGACUGGACGUGAAAUUCACAGAAGAAGAGAAAAACAUGGUGAAAUGGAUUCAGGAGAACUUUGGAGAAGAAGCUGCUCGUUACACCAUCAUUCUGUUCACUCAUGAUGAUGCACUGGAGGAUCAGUUACUAUAUGGGUACAUCAGUCAAAGCGGUGAUCUCUGGGAUCUACUUUAUGAGUGUGGAGGUAGAUAUCACUCGUUCAACAAUAAAGACAUGAAUGAUCGCUCACAGGUCACUGAACUGAUGGAGAAGAUUGAGAAGAUGCUGGAGGAGAAUGGAGGACAGCACCACACCAAUGAGAUGUAUGAAGAAGCCCAGGAGAAAAUCGAAUUGGAUGCUGAUAGACAGAAAUUUAGGGACUACGCGAGAAUAGCAACAACAGUAUUAGGAGUGGGAUCUAUAGCAAUAUUGGGAGUAGCAAUUGCAGCAAAUGCAGGAAUACUAGCAGGAUUGACAACAGUAAUGGGAUUAUUAGCAUUAGCAUUAGCAGGAAGAGAGGGAGAUGAAAGAGGAAGAGGCGCAGCAUUGGCAGCACUAGAAGUACUCUCAACAGUAGCAGAGAGAGGAGGAAGAGGAGAGGCAUUAGCUGGAGGCUUCACGAACAAGAUGCGGAGGAACAGUAUUGACCAACCACCAGACCUCAGGAUUGUUCUGCUGGGUAAAACUGGAUCAGGAAAAAGUUCAGCUGGAAACACCAUCCUGGGCCAGCAGUUGUUUACAAAUAAAGCUUCUCUAGAGUCAGUUACUAAUACUUGUAAAAGAGGAGAAGCAGAGAUCGAUGGAAAGAAGAUCUCCGUCAUCGACACGCCAGGACGGUUUGAUACAAGGCUGACAGAAGAACAAAUGAAGAAGGAAUUUAUAGAGUGUGUAAAGCUGUCUGUUCCUGGUCCUCACGUGUUUCUGCUGGUCAUCCGACUGGACGUGAAAUUCACAGAAGAAGAGAAAAAUGCUGUCAAAUGGAUUCAGGAGGAUUUUGGAGAAGAAGCUGCUCGCUACACCAUCAUUCUGUUCACUCAUGAUGAUGCACUAGAGAGACGGACGCUACAUCAAUACAUAUGUGAAAGUGAAGAUCUCUGGGCUCUUCUUUCUCAGUGUGGUCGGAGAUAUCACUCAUUCAACAAUAAAGAUGAGGAGAACCGCUCGCAGGUCACUGAACUGAUGGAGAUGAUUGAGAAGAUGGUGGAGAGAAAUGGAGGAAAGCACUACACUAAUGAGAUGUACAGGAAGGUCCAGAAAAAAAAGGAAUGGCUGGCUUUUAUAGAGAAAGCUAAAGACUAUGGAAAAACAGCGUUAACAGUGAUAGGAGUGGGAGGAUUAGCAAUAGGAGCAGUAGCAGUAGUAGUAAAAGCAGCAGGAGGAGGAGCAGCAGAAAAAGCUGCAGCUGCUGCAGGAUCAGCACUAGCUGGAGGAGCAGUAGCGUUAGGCGAAGCAGCAGCAGCAAAAGUGAAGUUAUAAUAUAGGGAAUAUAGGGCAGUGACUCUAAAUAAAUACAAGAAAGAAAAUAAAACUAGAUCUCAAAAGCAGUCUUGAUGGGUCAUGGGUAUAGUUUUUGCAAUGCAUUGUCUCAAAAGUACUUUUAUUUUAUGCUAAAAAUCAUUCAUUCAAAAAACAUUCACCAGGAAGACAUUUAAACAUUUAAAGCCAUCUGAAAGGAUGUCCGGGUGCUAAAACAUAAAACCACAGCUGCCCAACUCACUGCAGAAUUAAAUGUGCAGCUCUACUCUUCUGUUUCCACCAAAACUGUUGGUCAGGAGCUCCACAGGGCCGGCUGCUAAAGUCAAACCUUUGGUCACUAGUGCCAAUGCUAACGCUGGUUUCAAUGGUGCCAGCAGUGACAAUCUUGGGCCGUGGACAAUGUGAAACAUGUAUUGUUCUCUAAUGAGUCCACCUUCACUGUCUUUCCCACAUCCGGGAGAGUUAUGGUGUGGAGAAGCCCCAAAGAAGCAUCCCACCCAUACUGCUGAUGCCCGGAAUGAAGAAUGGGGGUGGAUCAGUGAUGUUUUGGACUGCAAUUUAAUGGCUUUCCCUUGGCCCAUUACUUGUGCUAGAUGGAAUGUCACUGCCAAGGUCUACCCAACCAUUCUGGAGAGACAUGUGAGCCAAUGGGUCAAACAUUGUAUCCUGAAAGUAGUGCCAUGUAUCAGGAUGAUAAUUCGCCAAUAAUCACAGCAAGACUGGGGACAGAGUGGUUUGAUGAAUAUGAAAGUGAAGUUGAACAUCUUCCAUGGCCUGCACAGUCACCAGAUCUAAAUAUUAUUGAGCCACUUUCAGGUGUUUUUGAGGAACGAGUCACGAAAGGUUUUCCUCCACCAGCAUCGCAUAGUGACCAGAACACUAUUGUGGAGUAUAUAUAUUAGUUUGGGCAAAAAUUCACUGUGAUU